AUGGUUUACACAGAACGUACCGACAAGUACCUAUCAAAUGGUUCACCUGCUGAAGUCAAGACCAAAUCACCCAGCAGUUCAUUCAAAACCAGCUCAGCACCAGCUGAUAGCAGUUUUCGAAGCAGUGGGAACUGUAGCAGUAGCAGCUCACACAAGAUGGAGGAUUCUAAAUGGAAGUACAAUCGCAUGGUCAAGGAAGACCGCGACAAGUUCAACAACCUACACCAUUGUUAGAGUUCCUCCUAUUGUUGGUUAUAUUAACCAGUGAACUGUAUAAAAAGAAUGAGAGCUUGAUUCUAUUGAUAGAAUAGAAUAAUGUAAAUAAUGUUUAAACAAAAACAACAAGUCAGGUAUAAAAUUAGUAUUAAGAAUAGCAUUUAAUUAAGCUGAUGUAAAGUAUUAUGUAAGAAUAGCGCAAAACAUUAUAAUAUUGGUGAUGUCAACAAAAUAAAUUCAUUUGUAUCAGAAAAUUGAAA